AUCCAUCAGUACGUGUAAGGUUCGAAACAGAGAAACUGUUUCAAAUUAAAUGCAAUGGUUUUUGUGACGGCCAAUUUCAAAAAGUGGAGUGUUGUUUGUGCUUUGCUCUAUAUUUUAAAUUUUGCUGAUGGAUUAACUGUAGGUGUGCUUCUCGGAGAUUAUCCCUCCCAGGAACAGCGGCUACUGAAUAGCACCAUUUCCAGAAAAUUUAGCAAAGGGGAGAUAUCGUUUUCGGCGAAUGUGCAGCAUGUUUCCGAAAUUGAUAGUUUUGGUGCCAGCGAAACUUUGUGCCAUGUACUUAAAUCCGGUCUUGGUGUAGCAGCAAUUUUUGGUCCCCGAUAUACACCAGCGACUGCGAUUCUUGAAUCCAUUUGCCUGGAAUUUGAAAUUCCGUAUAUUUCAUCAUCAUGGCGGCCGACGUCUAUAAAGAAUUCGGGAUUCUUUUUAAACUUCUUUCCAGACACAGACUAUUAUUCCAAAGCUUUGGCAGAGAUCAUUCAGAGUUUUGGUUGGAAAAAUUUCGUCGUUGUAUACCAAAACGACGACACCUUAUUAAAAUUUAAGGAUGUUUUGAAAUUCCAGAAGUAUAACGAGAACGACAAAAGGAAUAGAAUAUAUUUCGAGAAGCUAGGUCCAGGCCCUAAUUUUACUAAUGUUUUUGAAAAAAUACAAAAAAUAUCAUCAACAAACAUUAUCCUUGACUGCAAGACUGAGCUAAUUAUACCAGUUCUAAACCAAGCACAAGAGGCAAAUAUGCUUAACGUUUAUAACAGCUACUUUUUGACAAAUUUGGAUGCUCACACCCUAGAGUAUGGUGAUUUGAAUACAACGGCAAACAUAACUACCAUUAGGCUAUUCAACGACAACGACGAAUUUUUAAAAGAAUCUGUACGGAAAAUAGGCUUAGCAGAACUAAUUCAUUACAGAAAGUUAAAGACCGAUACUGCCCUAUUUUACGACGCUAUCUGGUACCUGCAUGACACUAUAAGGUUACUAGGAAGAGUUUCCCUCUUUACAAGUCCAAUAGAUUGUAACGGUACCCAGAAAUUUACGAAAGGCAUGGAACUCUCGAUCGCCAUGAAAAACCGGUAUCCAACUGUCGGUCUCACAGGUCCUAUUCAAUUUGACGAAAAAGGUAGUCGAAUUGAUUUUAAUAUAUUUGUGAUGGACGUAACGCACCAAAAAACUAUUGCGACGUGGUUUGAAGCCAACAAAAGUCUUAGCGUGUUCUCAACGGCCGACGAAACAGUUACUGCUGUGACAAAUCUCCAACAUACUAAGGUUAAAGUUGUUUCAAGACUUGGCGAACCCUACUUGACCUACAGGAUACCGGAAGAAGAUGGCAAGGAGUUAGAAGGAAACGCUAGGUUUGAGGGCUAUUCAAUGGAUCUGAUAUCAAGCAUCGCCAAAAUAGUUGGUUUCGAAUUUGAAAUUUAUGUUGUUGAAGAUAAUAAGUAUGGCUACUAUGAUGAAGAAACAGAUACUUGGACUGGGCUAAUUGGCGAUAUUAUUAGUCAGAAAGCCCACCUGGGGAUUGCAGAUCUUACCAUAACACAAGACCGACAAGAAGUUGUGGACUUCAGUUUACCAUUCAUGACUUUAGGAAUCAGUAUUUUAUACAGAACACCAGACUUUGGAGAAACACGCACAUUUGCAGUAUUAAAUCCAUUUUCUCGUUCUGUUUGGAUGUCUAUAGUUUAUGCUUAUAUCUUUAUUUCUCUUGGAUUAUACAUUAUACUAAGACUAUCACCGAAGGAUUGGGAAGUACGCCAUCCCUGUGACGAACUUGAUGAUACAAUGAAAAAUUAUUGGAAUCUGAAAAAUUGUUUAACUGUGGCUUUUAAGGGCCUUACAUCUCAAAGUAAUGAUAUUUUACCAAAAGGCCAAUCUGCAAGACUCGCUAUCACUGUAUGGUGGCUGUUCAGCUUAUUAAUCUCAAGUAUGUACAUAGCAAAUUUAGCGUUAAUGGUUAACCAAGCCAAUAUGGAGCCAUCUAUAGAAAGUGUUGACGAUUUGGCGACUCAAACAAAGGUAAAAUAUGGUUGUUUAAAUGGAGGCGCUACCCAAAAUUUUUUGAAGACUGCAAAUUCCACGAUUUAUCAAAGAAUGUACGCUACUCUGGAACAAUCACCAAGUUUACUUGCUGAUACUAAUACCGAAGGUAUGGAAAGAGUACUAGAAUCUGAAAAUGGUCUAUAUGCAUUUUUGAUGGAGUCGACUCAAAUUGAAUAUCAAAUACAAAGACACUGCGAACUACGACAAGUUGGAGGAUGGUUAGAUAAUAGAGCAUUUGGAAUUGCAAUGCCGACAGAUGCUAAUUAUCGAGGUGCAAUAAAUAGAGCCAUUUUAAAACUACAAGAAGAUGGAUCACUCAAUGAAUUAAAACUAAAAUGGUGGGUAGAAAAGAAUGAAAAUGAGGAAGAGGACACGGAGCCUUGUCAAUCAGAGAAUCCUGUUUCGACCGAAGAGUUAUCGAUAGAACAUGUGAGAGGACUGUUCAUAAUUUUAGGUAUUGGAAUAGGAAUUGCAUUUGCAGUUGCCCUGUUUGAAUUUUUAUGGAAUUUAAGGCACAUUGCUAAAGACCAAAAUAUAGCUUAUUGUGAUGCACUAUCAGACGAACUUAAAUUUGCCAGCUAUGUUUGGACGAACAGGAGAAAGACAACGUCAUAAUAUAAAAUGUUACUAUUGUCUGCAGAUCUAUAAGCAACCAAAAUAACCAAUCUCUCAGUAUUUGGAAUAUCUUGGUUAAAAUUUUAGCUUGAUAUUUAUAACAAUAAUUUUGAUUCUCUUGAAAUUCUCUAGACUAAUUUAAUAUAUUGACUAUAAAACAUGGAAAUUAUAUUGAGAACAAUUAAAACUUAAACUAAUUAGAUAUGCUUAAUGUAUCCCAAAACAUUACAUCUUGAAAGCAAAUUUUCUUGCAUAAUUAAUUAAUUUAUUUUAUAGCCAGUUUAAUAGCUUUGGUUGAUUUUUGGUUUUGUUGUGUUUUGUUUUCGAUACA